UGUUAGUGGUCAAAGACCCCAAUAAAAAUUAAAUACAAAAGAAAUAAAGUCUGCUUAUUGCGAAAGUAAUCGAAAGGUGUGCUAAAAAUUAGGGCGUAUAAAACCAGAUACCCCAGGGAAAAUGGAAUCGGAUAUGCUGGAUAAGGAGAGCGCUGCGGCGGUCCUGAAAAAGCUAUCGCAAAGUGAAAGUCCCGAAAGUGCGAAGAAAUGGGUGCCGAAAGUGGGCGAGGGGGUGGUGGAUGGGGCGGAUGGCGAGGGGGCGCCGCCAACAAAGAGACAAAAGACUGCAGACGAAAAAGAGGAGAAUUCGGAGACCAACCUCGAGGAGAAUCCGGAGGACGACGAGGAGAGCGAGGACAGCGAAGAUUUGGAUGACGACGACGAGGAGGAGAUUCCUCUACUAAUCCCAGCCCGAGAAACCCCCCAAAAUCCCACCAAAAAUAGUCCAAGGAACUUCCAACGCAUCCCCGUUUUCAUCGUUGACUAUCAUAAUGAUGUCCUGGAGUUCGUCUAUCGCUGCUUCGCAACCCGUCAUCUUCCCCUGGCGAACAACACCCUCGUGCACUUCGAUUCCCAUCCGGAUCUGGUUAUACCGCGACACAUUGCCGCCAGUUCGGCCUACGAAAAGGACACCAUGCUCAACGAAUUGAGCAUCGAAAACUGGAUUAUGCCCACUCUAUAUGCAGGUCAUUUCAACCGGGUGGUAUGGCUUAAGAAUUCGUGGUGCCAGCAGCUGCCCAAUGGCAGGCAUGACUUCAAAGUUGGCCAAAAGGACGACCGAAUUGGCGUAGACUGUCCGCUGGACUACUUCAUUGCCGAUGGCAACUACUGCACAACCGAAGAUCUUCAGGAAGUUAAGAGCGUGGAGCUUCAAGUUCACGAUGCAGACAACGAUAGCCUCAAUCCAAAUGAAUUUUUAACAGAGAAAGAUGCCAAGGGAUUUGUACUGGAUAUAGACCUGGAUUUCUUCAGCACCUCCAAUCCCUUUUUAGAGAUCUACAAGGAUGCUGAUUGCUACAAUCAGCUGAAGGAGAUCUUUCACUUCGAAAGUGUGGAGAACGUUAAAAAGUCGGGUACUGCUUCAAUAGCCGAUUAUUUGGCCACAGCGGACAGGAGAAAGAUGCAGUUGGAUGCACUGAGGACGAUUUUCUGGCAUUUGGAGGAGGAGCGCAAUUUUGAGGGUCUGGAGAAACCAGAUGAGAGUGUGGUUACUCCCGAAGUGUAUGCCAAAAUUGUACGACUUGCUGAGCAGCUGCAGGAAAAGUAUCCGGAUGACGAAAUCGACUGGCAUUUGAUCUUCGAUUCGGGCAGCACCACCGACAAUAACGGCUUGGCCCACCACAUCAGCACCGCCGAAGAGUUGGAGACGUACUUUGCGAACUUUAAGAGAUUUUUAGAGCGACUACCAGUUCCACCAGUGGCAAUAACAAUGGCCCAUUCCGCUCAGGACGAUUAUUGCCCUCAGGAUCAGGUGGCAUUUAUCGAGGAACGCGUUUUACGGCUGCUACGGGAAGUUUUUGGAGACAGACUGCAUGAGAAAGCCAUCCUGCACUAUAUGGACGAUCCAUGGGAUGUGAUGAAGCUCUAAGCUUAUUUAUGUAUAUCUAGGGGUUUUUGCACCCGCCAUCUCCAAUUGGUAUAUGAUUUUACAAUGAAUUGAAAUCAUGCGAUAGGAGAUCACAGUAGUAACUCAAAGAUGGAAAAUCCAAUUACGAAUAUAACAAUAUUUUUUACUUUUAAAUAUACGCAACGUAUUUAUUACA